UACCACCAAAGAUCGAUUCUAUAACUUAUUAGUCGUGGAUAAUACUCAUUUCCAGUUACUAACAGUAAUCAUUACUGGGUUGCUAAAAGUUUGAACCCUCGACCACACUGUAGUGCCACGUGUCUUUUAGUGUUUACAUCAUGACCGGAAGUUAAGUGCUCUUCCUACUCAUACUUUGGACUUAAGGGGCAAUGGCUUCCCAAAGGAGCUUGCAGCGGUUUUGGGAGUGGGGUAAAAAAAUAAUUUGUGUUGGAAGGAAUUAUGCGGACCAUGCUAAGGAACUUAAAAAUCCAGUUCCCACCGAACCUGUUUUGUUUUUAAAACCACCUUCAGCGUAUGUGAGGGAAGGAUCCCCUGUGAUGAUGCCCUAUUAUUGUCAUAAUUUGCACCAUGAAGUAGAACUUGGGGUUGUUAUCGGGAAAGGAGGCACUGCAAUUCCGCAAGUUAGUGCCAUGGAACAUGUCGGGGGCUAUGCACUGUGUCUAGACAUGACAGCCAGAGAUAUUCAAGACGAGUGCAAGAAAAAGGGGUUGCCAUGGACAUUAGCAAAGGCGUUUAAUACGUCAUGCCCAGUGAGUGACUUCAUACCAAAAGAGAAAAUCGUUGAUCCUCAAAAUCUAAGGCUUUGGUUAAAGGUGAAUGAUAAGUUGAGGCAAGAAGGAAAUACAGGCUCAAUGGUAUUUUCGGUUCCGUACCUUAUUAGUUACAUCAGUGAAAUUAUAUCUUUAGAGGAAGGGGAUAUCAUUUUGACCGGGACGCCCGAAGGAGUUGCUGCUGUCCAAGAAUAUGACGAACUUCAUGCAGGAUUAGAAGAUAUCGUCAGCAUGAAGUUCAAAGUUGAGAGGCAAACGCAUUAAGUCGAUACAGUGCUGUAAAGAGGGUACACGAAUUGUGUGAACAUCUUUUUAGAGAGUGCUUCAGUACCAAAUUAUCGGCAUUGAGUAAUGGUUAAAAUUGAACCAAAGAUCAAAAGUUAGGAAAUUAAAACAAUCAUGAUGUAAUUAUGACAUGUCUAUGUAACAGUAAGUUGAACUGGUGUGAGAUUCUUUAAAGCGUUUAUUGUGACACUCUGUGAUCUUAUUGGUCAACAACUGCUCACGUUUUAAGUAAAAUAAAUGCUAGACUGCAGCGCA